CGAGAACGAUAUUCGAGGGUCCAGUGGCUAUUCAUUCAUAAUCGUUUGAACGAGACUCUAUAGAUUUCGAGUCUUUGAACCCUUUGAAGCUUAACGAUCUCGCCUCUCAUACGCUAGGCUGACAUAUACUCGAAUCUACUCGACCGUACCACCUCGUUCGAGUUGACCGCAAGGUCGCAUCAUACCAGCAUAUAAAUAAAGCCUUAAACUCGAACUUGACCUCGACCUCAACGCUACAAUGGCAGACGUAGAUAUGACCGACGCACCAUCGACUUCGGGAGCUGGGCCCGUCAAGAGAGCCGCUGGAGCCAAGGCCAAGGGACCGGCCGGAGAUGGAGGGGCAGAUGGCAAGAAGCGUUUUGAAGUGAAGAAGUGGAAUGCAGUCGCUCUGUGGGCAUGGGAUAUUGUUGUCGACAACUGUGCUAUUUGCAGAAACCACAUCAUGGAUCUAUGUAUAGAAUGUCAAGCAAAUCAAGCAUCGGCAACAAGUGAAGAGUGUACUGUGGCUUGGGGUAUUUGCAACCACGCAUUUCACUUCCACUGCAUUUCCCGCUGGCUGAAGACCCGACAAGUCUGCCCCCUGGACAACAGAGACUGGGAGUUCCAAAAGUACGGUCGCUAGAGCCUGCAUCUGGUGGCACGAUAGCAAUAUAUCAGUCCGGGACUGCAUAUUCGACACUGACGACGGAUGGUGGUAUACAAUCUUGGGGGCACGAAACUGAUGAUGCCCGCACGCGGCCGGCGUGGAUAUCUAACGGGAUAUCAUAGACGUCAAUGACUCUAAUGACAUGGCGUUUAAUCAGUACUAGGCAUAGAACAUAUCAAAAAAUGAAGGCAGCUGCUGCGGUGG